CGGUUGUUUUGGAUCGUUUAUUGGAACCCGUUCACUGAAAUGAAAAACACGUGCAUGCACUUUUUGAUGAAGAACUUAGGUGGUCAUGGUGGAAUUUUUAAAAAAUAAAAACUGAGAUUUGUUCAAAGGCUCGAAAUAAUCAACAAUGAUCAAAUACUACGCAAGGAAUUAAAUUUUCCGAGGAUGCAGAAAGAAACGUAGCCGUAAAAUCAUGCCUUUGAAAGGGGUUUUGACCUUGGUUGAAUCUCGUUAGUAGAGUCAGAUGGCUUAAAUCGCUCCAAGUCUGAUCAAAGCACUUAUUUUUUCGGCAAUUUUUUCCUUAUUCCCCUAAGUAUCCCUAAACCGCUUUAAGUCAAAAUAUGUUACGACGAAAACGAAAUAAAUCCGACCUUCAUGGCAGAGAAAAGGUUAUGGCGUCGAAAGAGAAGCAGACGAUCUCCGUGGAUCAAGAUCAUUCAAAACGUGACAGUCUUGAAGAACAGCCGUCAGAAACCAGAAGCAGACAUGUGUCGGCAGCUAUCAAUUGUCUUACCAGAUGCCGUCGAAAAACUUUGGUAACCGUUGUAGCUCUCAUAGUAGCCAUUUCCGUACUCAUCGCAGUGGUGCUUGUUGGAAAACAUCUUACGCAAACACACGACCACAACAAUGUAAUAGAUACAGAAGAGGUCAGUAAAGCUGGCCAAGAUAUAGAUGAGGAUGAAGAUGACUGCAACAAUACAAAUGGCUCUCACAAUCGUACCUGUAAAGGGGAAUACGUUAGACCCUUUCAGCCAUGCAAGGACGUGAAUGCAAGCUUUGCAAAAAGUAAUGCCUCCCUCAAUUGUACAGUCGACCCAUGUGUUAAUUACAAAGUCCUGAGUAAUGCAGAUAGAAGGAGUAGCCACAUUACAGUCUUCAAUCAAAUGUCAUGUGACGUAGGAUUCUGGGGAUGGUAUCGUUUCGUGGGAGCAGCAGGAACAAGAAUGCCUGAUAGAUGCAUAAGGCGAAAUAGAUGCAAUACAGUUCUUUCAGGCUGGUUGAAUGAUGACCAUCCUUCAGUGGAAGAUGGUGAAAUUUCCAGAACGGUCUGUUUUUCCCAGCAUCCAUACGGCUGUUGCAGAUUCAUAUUGGAAAUUUCCGUAAUAAACUGUGGAUCCUAUUACGUUUACCGUUUCGUUACACCACCUAAAUGUCCAGGACGCUACUGUAGUACAGACUAGCUUAAAAAAGUCAUUCAUUUACCACAAAAAAUAACUAAAAUGAUAGAUUUUUAUACUGCGUACAGCGUGGUUUUUGUUUCUGAAAGACCAACAUCAAAAUAAAAUAACUACACCACAACGAUUGAAAAAAUUGACAUAGUUCUCAUACAAAUCGUUUUGUCUCGCUUUGUUUUGCUUCUCCUUUUUAAUCUGUUCGAUCAUUUGUUUGAUAAAUGGAGGACCACAAGUAUGUUAGCCUUUUAAGCCAUUAAGUGCUUCUCUCUUUAAAUAAAGAGUCACUUUCCAGCUUGUGUA